CACCAAUCUCUUCCCUUUCCUUACCAAAAACAACCCACAACCCCAUUCCUUUUUGUCUCAAUUUCUCUCUCAAUAAACCUACACCAUGAAGUCUGUCUUUUUCUCUACCCUCGCCGUCCUUGCUGCCGUCGUCAACACCGCCUCUGCUGCCACCUUCAUCACUCCCUGGGCUAAUUCCACCUGGACUGCUGGUGGUCAUGGUAACAUUACCUGGACCGCUUCUGCUGAUGAGGCUGCCUUGAACUGUGAAAUCCAAAUGCUCAACGGUGAAGUUGGUAACGCCAACCUCGUCGCCUACGUGACCAACCCCGCUUCCCCCAUUGCUUGCUCUGCUGGAAAGUUCGAUAUUUACCCCCUCAAUGACUUUGCUUCUGGCAAGUACUCCCUCCGUAUUGGUCAGUCUGCCACUGGCAACUGGGGCUACUCUGGUGUCUUCAACUUUGUUGGUGGUGGAACCAUCGCUCCUCUCGUUGUUGUUUCCGGUACUUCUGCUUCUGGCGUUGCUGCUUCCGGUGCUGCUGCCUCUGGUGCUGCUGCCGCCUCCGGUUCCGCUGCUGCUGCCGCCUCUGGUGUCCCUACCCACGCUGCUGCUGCCUCUGGUAAGGCUUCUGGCUCUGCUUCCGUCUCUGGCUCUUCCGCUGCUGCCUCCCAGACUGUCUCCAAGGACAGUGCUGGUGUCCAGAUCACUGCCAAGAACUCCUUGUUCAUUGCUGCUGCCGGUGCCGCCCUUGCAUUGGCUCUUUAAGAAAAAGAAAAUCCCAAGAAACCAGCAAACAAACGAACAAACAAAAAGUUGUUAGAAGUCCUAAUAAAUAUAACGAAAGAAACCCUCUCUAGCAAUCAAACAAACCAAACCAAAAAAAAAACAACAACAACGGAACCUUCCCUCUUUUUUUUUCACUGACAAACAAAUAAUCCGCUCUCACUAUCUCACUACCCCCUCUUUUUUUUAAUUCAAUUUUUGGCAUAUUUUUUCUAUUAUAAAAAAAAGCAAGAAAAAAUGAACUUUUUCUUUUUAAUUACU